UUAGUCUAGCUGGGCGCCGGGUGUCGCGCACAUGGCCUGCUAACGAAUUUACCGUUUUAUUUCUUCGCGAUUCUUUAUCUGAAGCAACGGUGAGGCGAAUUGCGAGGUAGAUGAUCCAUACAGAGAAUAUGGCGGCCGAAGCCGAUUUCGAGGAAGGUGAUGAACCUUCUUUCAGCGACCCCGAAGAUUUUGUAGAUGACAUAAGUGACCAAGAACUGUUGGAGGAUAUUUUAAGAGAAAGACCCCAGGAGGCUGAUGGAAUAGACUCGGUGAUUGUAGUCGACAACGUCCCUCAAGUUGGACCAGAACGAUUAGAGAAGUUGAAAAAUGUCAUUCAUAAAAUCUUCUCAAAAUUUGGGAAAAUCACCAAUGAAUAUUACCCGGAGUUUGAUGGGAAAACUAAGGGGUAUAUUUUUCUGGAGUAUGCAUCUCCUGCGAAUGCUCUUGAAGCUGUGAAAAAUGCAGAUGGGUACAAGCUAGACAAACAACAUACUUUCAGGGUCAAUGUCUUCACCGAUUUUGACAAAUACAUCACUAUAAGUGAUGAGUGGGAAACACCAGAAAAACAACCAUUUAAAGAUUUUGGUAAUGUUCGUCAUUGGUUGGAAGACUCCGAUUGCAGAGAUCAGUACAGUGUGAUCUUUGAAUCUGGAGAACGUACAGGCAUUUAUGCCAAUGAUGUUAAAGAGCCAAUUACAAUUGAGGAGCGAGCGCGGUGGACAGAGACAUAUGUACGGUGGUCUCCUAAAGGUACCUAUCUUGCCACAUUCCAUCAGAGGGGUAUUGCGCUGUGGGGAGGAGAAAAAUUCAAACAAAUCCAAAGAUUCAGUCAUCAAGGAGUCCAGUUGAUUGAUUUCUCACCUUGUGAAAGAUACCUGGUCACGUUUAGUCCACUGAUGGACACAAAGGAUGAUCCUCAGGCUAUCAUUAUCUGGGAUGUUUUGACUGGACAAAAGAAAAGAGGCUUCCAUUGUGAAAGUUCUGCACAUUGGCCAAUCUUCAAGUGGAGUCAAGAUGGAAAAUUCUUUGCAAGAAUGACACAAGACACACUCAGUAUUUAUGAGACACCAUCAAUGGGAUUGUUGGACAAGAAAAGUUUAAAAAUCACAGGGAUAAAGGAUUUUUCUUGGUCUCCUGGCGAUAACAUAAUUGCUUUCUGGGUGCCUGAAGACAAGGAUAUUCCAGCAAGAGUAACUUUAAUGCAGCUGCCAUCAAGACAAGAGAUCAGAGUCAGAAACCUGUUUAAUGUAGUUGACUGCAAACUGCAUUGGCAAAAGAAUGGGGACUAUCUAUGUGUUAAAGUAGACAGGACCCCUAAGGGAACCCAGGGUGUUGUGACCAAUUUUGAAAUAUUCAGAAUGCGAGAAAAACAAGUUCCUGUAGAUGUGGUUGAAAUGAAAGAGGGUAUCAUAGCUUUUGCUUGGGAGCCCAAUGGCAGUAAAUUUGCUGUUCUGCACGGUGAAUCUCCAAGAAUAAAUGUAUCAUUUUACCAUGUUAAGAAUAAUGGAAAAAUUGAACUCAUAAAAAUGUUUGAUAAACAGCAAGCAAACAGCAUUUUCUGGAGUCCACAGGGACAGUUUUUGGUGUUAGCUGGUCUUCGAAGCAUGAAUGGUGCCUUAGCAUUUGUUGACACUUCUGAUUGCACAAUGAUGAAUAUUGCAGAGCAUUACAUGGCUUCAGAUGUGGAAUGGGAUCCCACAGGACGAUAUGUGGUCACAUCAGUGUCUUGGUGGAGUCAUAAGGUGGACAAUGCAUUCUGGCUGUGGACUUUCCAGGGUCGUCUUCUUCAAAAAAACAACAAGGAUCAUUUCUGUCAACUUUUGUGGAGACCUCGUCCACCCACACUACUCGCUGCAGAGCAAAUAAAGAUGAUCAAGAAGGAUCUGAAGAAGUAUUCCAAAAUUUUUGAGCAGAAAGAUCGCCUGAGUCAAUCUAAGGCUUCCAAGGAACUGGUUGAUAAGAGACGUACUAUGUUGGAAGAAUACCACAAAUACCGUGAGGAGACCCAAAGAAUAUAUCGGGAGCAGAAGCCACUUCGCCUUGAGCUUCGUGGAGGGGUGGACACAGAUGAGCUUGACAGCAAUAUUGAUGACUGGGAGGAGGAAACUAUUGAAUUUUUUGUAACUGAAGAAAUAAUCCCCCUUGGAGAGUAAUUCUUUUUGCAUAAAAGCACCACAUUUCCAUCUUUUGAGGAGUUCAGUGACACGUGAAUAAAACAACUGCUUUUGGACUAUCAACUUGGAAUUCAAUGUACCAACAUUAAUCCUUUUUCAGAGAUCCUCGUAGUGCCUUUAAUCUGCUGAGGGAGCUUUUACAUGUUGCAGUCAUCACUUCUUCUUGAACCUCCUGCUCUUCAGCACACCUGUCUGAAUACACAAACUUUUAUCACGUUUAACGUGUGCAUCACAAACAAGGCACUAUGUUUCUGUUUAAAAUGGACUCUUUUUGCAUCCAUGCCAAAUGGAUAAAGAACUAUUUUGUACAGAAGAUCAUUGGAAGCAAUUGUUGGUUUCAUUUUCAAUAUUUUAGCGUGCUGCACCGGCACUAUAACGGGCUGUAUCCUCCUCCAUUCAGAUUAUCCAAUAUUGUUAAAUGUGCUUUAAAGGAAAAAUAAAAUAUAAUUGGAAAUAC